GUAUCGGCAAAAUGCGGCCCGCGGUCUGGAACGAGAAAUACUCUAUCUAUGUGUGCCACUGCGAAUCUUGGCAUACGUGUUGGGCACACUACCACUGGAGCGCGGGUUGAGCAGGAACGGCCAUCUGAGCAAACAGGUGUGCAAACUUCUGCGCUCGCUGAACCUGCCACGGGGACUACAGAUCACAAACAUGAGAACCAGACCCGAAUAUGCAAGCAUUUUCAGGGCGGAAUGUGAGAAAUGUGGGGUCUGGUUCUGUCCGCUGGGCGGAACCGGACCCAAGGACCCCACACCGGACCCCGAUUCACCGGGUCUGACAUCGAAGCAUAGGGUCUGGUUCUGCCCGCUGGGCGGAACCGGUGGUCGUUUAAGGUUCCAAGAUGACAUCUUGGGGAACAUCUUGACAAUGGAUGGCGACGGGGAAAAAGAAAUUGAAGCAUCGCAGCGGGAGAGCGUGGGGCAUUUUCAGUCAGCUGAAAGGUAUGAGAGCCGAAGAAAAAAUCUUAGAUAUCGUUUGAGUGCUGAAGACUUCCAAAAGAUCCAGGGCUAUGAUGAUCUGCAGAAGCAGCUGGAUGAGGCGAAGGCGCUGUUGGCCCAAUGUCAGGACCCGCAAGGAUUGGUGAAGAGUUUGCAGGAAUCCGCUGAGCGCAUACGGCUUCUCGAAAAAGAGAAUGUGGACUUGUCUCGGAUUUUGACAAACUAUGUCUCGAACCCUGCUAUGCUUCCUUGCAGAGCUGCAGAUGCCUCAAUCAAAAGGGAGGUUCUAGUCAAGAGGGAGGUUGGUGAGCCUUCCGUGACUAUGGGAUGGAAAACCUGUGACAAGAAGGAUCGCCCUUCUGGGGAGGGCUGCCUGGCAGAAUUUGCGAUCCCCAACCAGAUCCGGGAUCGCGCUUCUGGGGAGGGCUGCCUGGCAGAAUUUGCGAUCCCCAACCAGAUCCGGGAUCGCGCAGCCCUCCCCAGAAGCGCGAUCCCGGAUCUGGUUGGGGAUCGCAAAUUCUGCCAGGCAGCCCUCCCCAGAAGCGCGUCCGCCGGUGCGCCCACUGUGAUUGAGAGCUGGCGAAGAAGCAAGGAGAAGGAGAAAAAGAGGUCACUGGUGUACGGCCCCUGUCCUGACUUGCCGAAAAUGAUGCAGGCAACCGAGCUCUGUCGAGAAGCACGCGCCCCGAAUCCGGGCCCCGAAUCCGGGGCCCGAAUCUUCGAACAUCAGGAGAUUAGGCUCCGAAUCCGGGCCCCGAAUCCGGGGCCCGAAUCGGAGAUUCGAACUUCCAGACUUCGA